AUGGGUGACUCUCGUAUGUCUGCCGACGGGGGCAGCUUUGAUGUCAUCAUCAUCGGAGCUGGUAUCUCUGGUAUAAACAUGGCAUAUCGACUGCAGACCCAGAUUCCAGGAUGCACAUACACCAUUCUCGAAGCCCGCCAGAGUUUGGGUGGCACCUGGGACCUUUUUCGGUAUCCCGGCAUCCGGUCCGACUCAGAUCUGUUCACGUUUGGGUUUCCAUGGUAUCCCUGGAAACAAGAGAAUCCCAUUGCCAGUGGAGACUCGAUCAUGGCGUACAUGAAAGACGCGGCGGCAAAGUUUGGGAUCGAUCAGCAUAUCCGCUACAAGCAUUCUCUGGACCAGGUCGCCUGGUCGUCAAAACACCACGCCUGGACCUUGACAGUCAACGUGGACGGUGAACAUGCCUACUACACGGCCAGGUUCCUGGUCUUUGGCACCGGCUACUAUGAUUAUCACACGCCUCUUGAGACAGACAUCCCAGGCAUUGGCAGAUUCCAAGGCCAGACCGUCCACCCGCAAUUCUGGCCGGAGCACUUGGAUUACGCGGACAAACAGAUCGUCAUCAUUGGAAGCGGUGCGACAGCCGUCACCCUCCUGCCUCAGCUGGCCAAGAAAGCAAAGCUCACCACCAUGUUACAAAGAAGUCCGAGCUAUAUCCUCCCGAUGCCUAAUCGGGACCAGAGCCGGUCGAAGCUGAGCUAUCUCCUCCCAACUUCUGUCUACUACAAGCUGAAGCGACUCUCCUGGAUCAUCUUCUCACGACUGUUUGUUGGCUACUGUCGACGGUUUCCCAAUCGAGCCAAGCAACUGAUCGAGAAGAGUGUGACACCUUUGCUUCCUCUCACUGUCCCCUACGAACCGCACUUCAAACCGCGCUAUCUUCCUUGGGAGCAAAGGCUCUGCGUCUGCCCUGAUGGGGACUUCUACAGCGCUCUCCGGUCCGGCAAGGCAGCGGUCGAGACGGCAGUCAUUCAAGAAGUUGUCUCGGAUGGCAUCCAGCUGACCUCGGGCAAGAAAUUGCCGGCAGACAUCAUCGUGACGGCCACCGGCCUCAAGCUGUGUAUGGGGGGUGGCGUCCAGUUUGAAGUCGACGGGGAACAGAUCGCCAUCAAUACCAAAUUUCUCUGGAAUGGUGUCAUGCUUCAGGAUAUCCCCAAUGCCGCAUUCGUUAUCGGUUACACGGAUGCGUCUUGGACACUGGGGGCCGAUGCCACGGCACACUUCGUCUGUCGACUGCUGAAGUCAAUGUCACGCAAGGGCUACGUGGAAGCGAAGCCCUACUUACCGAACUCUGACUCGUUGACCGCUUCUCCUGCCUUCAACCUCAAUUCGACUUACGUGGCGGUCGGGGCGAAAAGCUUGCCCAAAACCGCGGCGGUGGCUCCGUGGACCGGGCGCGGUGGCUACUUUUCGGACAUGUUUUGGGCCAAGUAUGGGAAUAUAACGAGGGGCAUGCGAUAUGUCAAUGGCAAGGCGAAGACCCAGUGA